GAAAUUCGCCGCAGCUGCAGUCCAAUCGCCGGCGGCAGAAAAAUGGGGAAGAAAAGCAAGAGAAGCCAUGACGACCCUGAGCUCGAAAUGGAGGAGUCCGAGCUAACAGAGAGAAUCGACGGAGACCUCAAAAAGAAGAAUAAGAAGAAGAAGAAGAGAAGCCAUGACGAUCCGGAGCAAAAGGUGAGUCACGACGGAGAAGCGAAGAAGAAAAAAAAGAAGAAAAGCAAGGAGGAGGAGCCAAAUGUAGAAGAAAAGAAAAACGAAGAGAGACCAACUGUUACAAUAGCCAUAGCUGGCUCCAUCAUCAACAACACUCAAUCACUUGAGCUCGCCACACGUCUUGCUGGCCAAAUUGCUCGUGCAUCCACAAUUUUUCGAAUCGACGAGAUUGUAGUGUUUGACAACAAGAGCAGCUCAGAGGUCAACAACUCCUCUGUUACGAAUCCUUCUGAUAGCAACGAGAGUGGUGCCCCUUUUCUCGUUCGUAUCUUGAAGUAUUUAGAGACACCACAGUAUUUGAGGAAGACUCUCUUCCCCAAGCACAAUGAUCUUAGAUUUGUGGGUAUGUUGCCACCUCUUGAUGCUCCUCACCAUCUGCGUAAGCACGAGUGGGAACAAUACCGUGAAGGUGUGACGCUAAGGGAAAAGCCAAUAAACUCUGAGGGUACAUUGGUUGAUGUGGGUCUAGACAAGAGUGUUGUUGUUGAUCAAGUGCUUAGUCCAGGUGUUAGAGUCACAGUAGCCAUGGGAACCAACCGUGAUUUAGAUUUGGUACGUCAGAUUGUUCCCCCCUCUAAGCCAAGGGAAGAAGCAGGGAUGUAUUGGGGAUACAAAGUACGAUAUGCAUCACACCUAAGUUCAGUAUUCAAGGAAUGCCCUUUCGAGGGUGGUUACGAUUAUUUGAUUGGUACCUCGGAGCAUGGCCUGAAAAUUAGUUCAUCAGAGCUGAAAAUACCAACAUUUAGGCAUCUAUUGAUUGCAUUUGGAGGGCUAGCUGGUCUUGAAGAAAGUGUCGAAGAAGAUAACCAGUAUAAGGGGAAAAACGUGCGAGAAGCGUUUAAUAUAUACUUGAAUACAUGUCCACAUCAAGGAAGCCGAACCAUUCGAACAGAGGAAGCCAUGUUUAUAUCACUUCAGUACUUCCAAGAACCCAUUAGCAGGGCAAUGAGAGGAGUUGAAGCUUGAUAGAAGCGUCAACGAAGAAGCUAUUGUUUGACAUUAGAUUUGAGGGGAUGUAAUGUAACCUAUCUCGAGAAAGCUUUUCCUAAUCGAUGUGUUAGAGUGUGGAUUCAGUUAUCUUCUCAUCGUACUAUAUGCCAGUAUCCGGUAUUAAAUUUUGUAUCCAGUGUUGCCCCAAGAAAUGUACCCAUUUUGACAAUGAAGAAUUAAAUUAUGGAUUACCAACUAAA